AUGUCAAAAGUCCGAGAAAAGUAUUGGGUUCCUCGGCUUCGUCGACUAGUCAAAGAGCAAAGGAAGCGAUGCUACAGAUGCAAGAGAUUCACGAUCAAACCGUAUCAAUCUUUGAUACCUGCUCCUUUACCAAAGACUCGAACAGAAGGAACCACUCCGUAUAAAGUCAUUAAUGUCGAUUUCGCCGUCGUUGUUAAAGGACUUCUGAAAUUCGAUGAACUGGCAGAAGUUGUUCUGGACGUAGAAAUUUGUAUGAAUAAUCGACCACUGAGCUAUGUAGAGGAUGAUGUUGAACUCCCCGUACUGACGCCAUCUUCGUUCGUACUGCAACAGACGAAUGUCAUCCCUGAAGUGGAGAGUCGUCACAUUAAGGACGGUGAACUAUGGAAGCGAGCAAUGUAUUUGUACAAAAUCAAAACCCAAUUUUGGAACAGAUGGCAGCGAGAAUAUUUAACAAGUCUACGCCAAAGCAAUCUAGUUAACAAAUCAGCAACCGAAUCUCAUCCGAAAGAGGGAGAUAUCGUUUUAAUUAAGGGUGAUAACAAAAACAGAAAUAUGUGGAAGAUCGGAAAGGUAACGAUGUUGAUCCGUGGAAGGGAUGGAGUUAUGAGAGGAGUCAAACUUCAGUGUGGAAAAUUAUCUCUUGAGAGGCCAAUCCGACUGAUCUAUCCUUUUGAAUUACAAUACGACGUCAGCAACCAUCAAAAGAAGUUGCGAGUGAACGCCAAAGAAUUCAGACCAAGACGAUAA